AUGCACACAUCUAGCAGAUUUCACCCUGUCUAUGGCUGUGUUUUAAUCCUGGUUAGCGUGAUGUAUUUCAAUGUUGAAGCGAAAUGUCCGGCUGACCUGAAGAACAAGACGUGUCGGCGUGACCUUUCUAGAAUCUGUCCUGUCUGCAUAGAGGUUUCGUGGUUGAUUCGACCGCCUUUUACUUUUCAAAACGGCAAUUAUACUUCAGGAAUACUGCCAGGUACUAAGGUUCAAAUUUUUUUACAAACAUCUCACUUUAUAAUCUGUAUAAAUGCGGGACCAUGCUUUGCUGCCUCCAUACGAUUGCAUCGAACAAAGUGUGACCUACCCAAGGUCGUAACAAUUAAGGUGGGAGGGGACGGGGUGUGUUGUUAACUGUUCGCAGAAGUGCUUAUAUUGCGAUGCCUAAUUUUCAUUUAGUAUAGCCAUUUUUAAAUAUGGAUAGUACAUUGACAGUAUCACUAUAUAAUUGUUUAUUUAAUAUUUGUAAGCGUCAAUCUUAGACGCAGGGGGCUGCGAUCCGUUGCCUGUAUUAAGCCUUUGGGCCCGGGGGGGGGGGGGGGGGGGGGGGGGGGGGGGGGGUACUUUCGGAAUUUCUGGGUGAGGAUGUGCCGCUGGGACCCUGGAACCCUUAACCUAUACCAGAGCUAGUUCAGCUGAAUUUUGCUACCCUAUACUAGAGUAAACUCCCCAAAUCCCCCCAACCUCGUCCCCAGGGCUUUUCCUUUUCCCGCCCCACCCAUUUUUUAAGGGAAAAGCCCUGGGGACGAGGUUGAAAUCCCCCUAUCCUAGAGUAGCUGUUUCCCUAGUCUAGAUAAAAUCUUCAACCAACUGAUCAGUUUCCUGAAAAAUGAUACCCUAUUCUAGACUCAAACACUCUGAUUUAUAUACCCUAUACUAGAGUAAACUGCCUGAAAACCAUACCCUUCACAGCGGCACAUACCUAUAUAGCCCAUAUACGGCAGUACCCCCCUCCCCCGGCCUUUGGAUAGGUCGAGAUUUUCGUUUACCAUGAAAAGCACGUGGUUGUAGAGGUAAGGUUUGAAAAUGCCGAGAAAUUGGUAUUUCCAAUGAACGUCGCAGAAAUACUGUUGAGCUUGGAGGCGCCGCCCCACCUAAUACAUUUCACCCAGCUUUCCAACUAUGUUCGCAAAAAAUUUAUCGUGACUUUAAAUUUGGCUACGUAACGUUUCGUGAUAUUUCGUUACAGCUCUGCUGAAUCUUAUGUUAACCAAGUGCUGCGGGAACCACACCCCAAGCUGCUGGGAAGUGACGUAUUAUCCCCCGGUUGAAAACCCUGAGCAGCUACUCCGCCUGUCACGUGAUUCUCACGUGAUCUACCCAGUCAUUGUUGAUAAGCAAGAAGCGGUCAGUCUGGAUCAUAACCUGAUUAGUCUGAUACCUCCUUCCAGUAUUGGGUUUGUCGUUCCUAGAGGCAAGAGGGAAAGCUUCCCAAAGAAACUUCUAAUGUCUGUGUUCGAAGCAUGGCCGGUGUUGAUAUUAACUAUUCUUCUUUCAAUUUUGGCUGGUGUCCUUUUGUGGGUACUGGUAAGUGGAAUUGGCCAUGUGCAUCAGCUGGAUUUUUGAAAAUGUCACCGCCGCGUUACCUCGCUCUUUCUAUUUUUCCUUUCCUUGUUCUUGACUAAUGUAAUUUUCGGGCUUAUCAGACGCCAAAAAACCCUACCUUUGGCCUUUUUUACUUAAAUGGCUGCAAUUUCGCAAGGUACGUUUUCAAAAAUCCGGCUAAACGUACCACUGGCAAAUUAUUUAGGGGAUGCGUAAUCAAACAACUUAAGAUACGCUCUUUCGAAGCGUUUUAGGGGGCUAAUCCACCUACCUAAUCAGCUUGGGCUGCCGACUGCACAAUGCAGUGGUUUUUAAAUAUUUUGGUAAGUUUAAACACACUUUUUUCUAGCCUGAGUGUAUAGCUACGCCUAUGCCGUGGAAUGUGAUUAUAGAUAUUGUAGGUCGUAGGGGGAAACGUAACGUGAUCCGUCCGCCAUUUUGUCUUUCUGCUGCACAGACGAGGGCCUCCAUUUUUCAAUUGGGCUGUGACACAGGCAGACCAAUAAUGAAGCAAUGAUUUCUGUCACUUCCACAGUUACGCAACACCGCAAAUUUCUUCAUGACAAUGAAAAAGUUAUGGGGAGGGUGGCGAAUUUUUGAGCCGCAUCAGAAGUAAUCAGCUCCUGACCGCAUGAAUUUUUUUUCUUUAACAUUUCCCUGGUAUGAUUUUUUUUAAGCCAGACCAUGAAUAUUCUUAGGGAUACUACUUGGCGUGCAUGAAUUUUUUUCAUUUGAUUUUCCCUUGCACGAAUAUUUUUUUGGUACUUCGCCCCUCCCCCUCCUCCCCAUAAGUUUUCUAAUGGUCCUUCCCUAAAGAAAAUACUGGUUACAUGUCGUUUCAAAUCGACAGAAGGUCUUUUGUUCUUGGAAACGUAAAAUGGCCGCCAAAAGACGUCACAUGACUACUAUAAAUUCACUUAUUUUUCAAAGAUUUAUUGUACAGAGGCUAUGCUAUUGCCAGUAGGAAUUGAGAAAACAGUGUUAUGUAACUAAAUUUUUGGGUUUGUGUUUCAGGAUACUUGGUUUAACGAGGAACAAUUCCCUCGCAACUUUUUCAGAGGCUCGUGGGAAGGAUUCUGGUGGGCAUUUGUUUCCAUGACAACCGUCGGGUAAUGUAUUAUAGUAAGGGUGAUCCAUCUCCAUAACUACGGUAGAGUUACACUAGAAUCCCAAUUUCUCGAGCCAUCGGUUUUUUCGAAAUUCUUAAUAUUUCCAACAAAGCCAACUUUCCUUUACGAGUUAAACACUUUAAUUUUUAUACCCGAUUUUUUCAAACCUCCUGAUAAUAGACCUUUCCCGCAUUCCUGUAAACAAAGGCACCAACUCGAGGCUGGGUUGGACAAAAUACAGUGAUUUGUAUGAAAUUGUUCACCCGAGCCUCGUCCUCAUUUCUUUAUGUUUGCUCACUGAAGCGUAAUGCGGGAAAGCUCUAUUGCCCACAUUCGAUAUACUAAAAUUCUAACACGACUCCGAGGUUUUAGGGUCAAAAUUGCAAAUUUCUCACGACUCCAUUGUUUCGUAAUUCCCAUCAGAGACUUGAGCACAAAGAAAACCAAACCAAAUACAGAAAAAUGACCACAAAGCCUCCAGUCAUGUUAAAAUUUUAAUAUGUAGAACGUGGACUAUUCGAAUCAAUUUGCUUUUCUCAAGGUUGUUCGAAAAAUCGGGAUUCUAAUGUAUAUUCAUAUUUGGAUUAGUUCCACGUUGUUUUCACAGGGAUAAGAUGUACUCUUGAUGAUGGCAUGUAGUAAAAUCUGCGUUUAAACUUUCUCGUUUGACACCGGUAAUUUAAAAAUUCAUUUCUCAUUGUGAGUUUACGCAGGACAGAAAAAAUGCGGCAGAACAAACAAAAAAAAAGAGACAACUUCGCUAGAAAGGGAACCUAGAUGUCCCCCUAUUUUCCGGCUUAGUCCGCCUUAGCGAUUACGCAUGACCAUCGGUGUUGCCUUCCAUUUCAAGUUUCAUUCUUGCUGCUGCUUUUUCCUUGUGUGAAAAUAUAGGUACGGUGAUCGAGCGCCAAUUUCUUUGUUGGGAAGAACUUUUGCGGUGUGCUGGAUUCUAAUUGGAAUCUGCAUUUGCUCAAUAUUCACCGCUACUUUGACUACGUCACUUACAACUAUCAGCCUCGACACCAAGAAGAGUCUACCAGGUUCCAAGGUGAGGAUUUCCCAUUUUUGUCUGUUUGAUUCACAUACGUUCGCUCUUUUAUAAUUUAACAUUUAAUUUGUUUUGUUUUUAAUUACUCUAUUUUUUUUAAAAUUUCUUUUACUGGUCAAGGAAAUUUUCUAUUAUAAUUCUCUUUGUCCCUGGGGUAAGCCUUUCGCUAAUAAAAAUUAAACCCGCGUACACGGACACCCGUUAAUGCGGACAACGGACACUUGUUCUUCGCGCAAUCAACAGAUUCUCAUAGAAAGUCAACCUCGCUUAUUUAUGAGGACAAUUCACUGUCAACUGUGUUUGUAAUAAGCAGCUAUAAGCCUUUCCUCUUCGAAGGAAUAAAAACCUGUAGUAGACAGCAUGUCGUUGUUCCCAGCGCUACAUUACACUGGAAGUGUAUUUUUCACUCAAAGAGCACGACCUGCUCAAUUCAGACACCCUGUUUAUACUGACACUUUCUAUGACCCCCUCAAUGUCUGUAUUAAGGGAGUUUUUCUGGAUUGAAUUAACAUGAAAUGUUUAUUUAUACGUGCUUCUUAUUCUGUUUAGGUUGGAGUUAUAAAGCGUUCGAUAGAAAUGGCAUUAGCUAUGCAGCAACAAGCUGAUAUUAGACGUAAGCAACGUUUUGUUCUAUUUGAGGUUUAUGGAGCUUUGAACCCAAGGAUUAAGUUUACAAUCUCAUUAUAACAUAUGUGCCUGCUGUGCUGACUUCGAAAACUUGUUAUCUUGUGUGUGACGUAAAGAGAAAAAAUCAGACCGCAACCUUUGCUCAUCCUCUAUAGGCUCGAUAACCAGCCGCUGUUAUUAAUAAGGGAAGAUCGCUGUUGGGUUAGCCUAUCAGAAUGCGGCAAAGUAUAAUCUGUGACGUCAGAGGGAAUAUAACUAACCUUUAUUCCCCCGAGUUUUCUAUGCGUUCGCUUUGCUUUUUUUGUUUUUUGCUCAAAGCCUUUGUGUGCACUAUCUUCUAGUUGGUUUAAUGUAUUAAUUGGGUUCAGGAGUGGGCGCACGCGAAAAUCUGUCGAGUUUUACGAUUCUGCUUAACCCUGCAUGGACAUUAGCAUGUCUAAACGGUCACGUGAGUCAACAUUCGCUCAAGACUUGUAUGCUAAAUAACGCCUUAGAUUUGAUUCUGUCAAGUUGACCCAUGUAUGUUAGAUUGCUUUAAUUUAUCCCUGUCACAAUGUAGACCAAAAUGAUAUUAUUUUUGUUAUUGUAGUCUACAACUCUGUUGAGGAAAUGAGUGUUGCCUUGGAUAAUGGAGUUAUUGAAGGUAUUCUUACUCAGCUCCAGUUAGCUGCUUUGAGCUAUUUAUCCUCCCUUUUACUUAGUUCUUUGAAAGCGGAUUGCAGCGGCCAUCAUUACAAAUGGUGAUGCUACUGACGUAAUAAACAGCGUUAGACAUUUUUAAGUUAACCGUGGGACUGGGUCAGUGUUGAGGAUCAUACUUCACCAUUGGACUGUUUGAGGACUUUUUCGCCUUUUUUUAUUGGCUCAUAGGAGGCUGUACAGGAAUUUGGGUCAGAAUUCGUCCCCCAGAACAGACCAGAACUUGGUCAAGAGCUAAAAUAUCACUUAUCAACGGCUCGCCUCAUGACAAGCCAUCCACGCGUUCAUUCCGAUCACAAAGCUUCGAGUGCAUUGCUACUUUAAAUUAACCUGAAUAACUGGACUAGAAGACUUUAAAGACUUUUGAAUUAACCUAGGAAAGCUUCGCCCAAACGCACUCAGAGCCUAUGUUCUGAAUGAACGCUUGGAUGGCUUGCCAUUUAAGGAGUUGUUGCUAAGUGGUAUCCAAGCACGUGACCAAGUUCUGCAAAUAAUACGCCAUAAUCUACGCCAGUCUCAUCAGCAGCCUCGACAUGGGAAAUACCAAUCUUAGGAUAGCUAUAGCAGAGAGGUUGAAACUAUGGCUUUUGGGAGUUGAUGCUAAGAAUAAUACGUAGCCUUAAAAUUACCCAAACGAUUAUUCCGCAGUUGCCGUGAAUGGAAAACCGGUUCCAGUUUAUUGCCGACCCAGCAUACGAGGAGGCUAUUUACUAUAUCAUCUUACCCUUAAUUUUAACUUAGUUGUUUGUUGCUACCUUCAAAUAGCUAACGAGUUAGUAACUCGAGGCAGGUAGCGAUGACGAAAUACUUGAUGAAAACGUCCCAAAAAACAUUUCCAUAUUAAAGGUUUUGCACUUGCCCUAAUUUCGAAAUGUUGGAAAAGGCCUGUUUUGUCUACUUGUCAACUUAUGCUAUUUUUGUAUUACAGGCGUACUCUUGGACAAUUAUCAAAUAAGUCACUACACAGAGACACUAUUCCCAGACAGUAAAUUCAAAACAGAUGAAAUCAUUAAAGUUGAGUCGCUGUCAUAUGGCGCGGUUGUGAACGAUACAUAUUUGAGAAAGUGUUUCAGACGUUUAAUCGCUGAAGACAAAUACCUGCUUUACGACUUUACAAGAAACGAACUUACAAAAACACUUAAGGUAACUAUAACCAAAUUAAGGGGUUUUUUUGGUCCGCUGUCAUAUCUCAUUUUGGUUUUAUUCCAGAUCAAUGUUGUAGGUAUAUUCUUUUUUGGAGGGUGCAUGAUCGAGCGGUCAGCGUAUCGGGCUCGUAAUCCAGACGUCCUGGGUUCGAGUCUAGCCCUUACCUACCAUCAAACUGACAUCUGGAUUAUUUGUUUCCCGGUGAUCCCGAGUUAAAACCCCCAACCAUGCUUGUAAAUAAACAAAAACGCAAAGUAAACUCUCAAGCACACGUACCAACUCCGUGGUAUGACCAAUACCGUACGCAUGCGCACAGCCAUAUCACCCGGGCAGUGGCAACCAUGGACAGCUGUUUCGCCCUUCUUGGGGCUCAUCAGCAUGGCAUAGCCAGCACGGUCUCACCUACUGAUCACAGACCCUGCUUUGUGCUUCAGUGCUUACUUUGCGUUGUAAAUAAACAACUGGCCCAUCCGCGCCAGCUGUGAUUUCUUCUUGUCAUGUUUUGUUCCUCUUGGUUCAUUUCUUAGUUCCCGUAGAAAACAUUAGCGCACUUCAUUCAUGAACAAAGCAUUGACCAUUUAACAUUUCAAUUGAUAAAUCAAUUUUUAACUCAACACAAUUGAAAUUGUCGAAUUAGAUCAUAUGUUUUGUUUGACAGUGAUGAGGAUUUUCCCCCUCCCCCUUUUUUUAGCUUAGCACUAACUGCUACAUCUGAUUACUCUGGAAGAGGAGGCCGUUUUUUUCGCCAUAUCCAGAUUACGAACAGUAGUAUCGGUUGUUUUUUAAUUGAAGUUUCUUGUAUUCACAGAACUAAUGACUUUGUAUAGAAAUCAUUCUUUUGACUAUUCACAAACAGUGCUAUGUAAAAAAUAUUUAACAUACUUUUAGCUUCUAAUAGGACAGAGUCGAUUGUGUCCCAUUAGGUUCAGUGGUAGGUUUAAGUUGGAAGAUUCAAAAAAUGGGGAAUUUUCAUAAAACUUACUGUUCGAAUUUUUUAGUUCUUAAACAAUCCCUCACGCUCAUUCAACAGUACAUAUUAAACGGUGUGAACACCGUAUGAUAGACGAGUUUUUAUCUUUAUUGUUUAGGGAGGAGGAGAUGAUGAAGCCGUGCAGAAUUCUCAGAGUAUUUUCGAUCCCACUGGUGAUCUGUUUUAUCCUUCUUUAUACACCUGCAUCGCUCUUGUGGUUAUCAUUUUCCUGGUGGGUGUGGUAACCGAGCUGUUUUGCUUCAGAACUGGCCGAUGCACACUUUCAAAGAAAGGCAAGGCUAUCAAUCAAAUAUAAAUAACUAUGUACCUACCUAAUCUGCUAUUAAUAAUUGUCUAAAUAUUAAAAUACGUUCUCUUGAAAAUAAAACAAGCAGAAUCGAAUCGAUUACAAUGCACUGACCACAAAAAUUUUUAAUCAGCCAUAUAAAGAACUAGGCACAACGCUACAUAGUCUCCUUUGCAGGUGCCGCUCUGGCCAGAGUCACACAGUAGGGAGCUUUAGCAUCGACGACGGCAACGGCAGCGUAAACGUCAGUUUUAAAAUGAAUUCCCGUUUUUUCAAUCUUUGUCGCGUUUAUUCCAAUUUGCUGAAAAUGGCAAGUGUGGGCGAAUUUCCCUGGAGUUGAUUUCUUGAGGACCUCACUCAAGUUUAGAGAGAGAAAAAGAGAUUCGUCGUCGCUUGUUUACGUCCGCCAUAAAACUUGCAAUUAGGCAUUUUCACGUCGUAGUCAUGCAAGGACGGUAAAGAAAUGUACAAAAAAGCGUGAUUGUUUUGCUAAUAAAAACCUAUUGCUUUUUUGACGUCCUCGUUGCCGUCGCCGUUGUCGUUGCUAAAGCUCCCUAGUGUUCCCCGCGAGGGAGACUGGACUCAACGCAAUUACAUGUAACAGAUGUAUGCGCGGGAAACCCGCACAAAGCAAGUUUCACGUAACUUCUCAGUAACUGGCUGAAAAAAUUGGGGCGAAUGUUAUUAGCCAAUCAUGAUGUACCGCAACGCAAUACCAUUUAUAUCAAGUCACAUAAUUCAAAACCGCUCCGGUCUCUUGUCUUAAACACGGUCAGAGUUUGAAGGUCUUGGCGGCUCAGCUACACCCAAACUGCCCUCAAGUGUCCCCCGAGUCGCAGACGUUCCUCAGCGCAAAACGUCCCCAGCGACGAAGAGCGAGGAGAAACGGCUGUUUCCGCAGGCUACCCGGGUCUAGGAUAAACCAGUUUUUGAGAUUAGGCGCUGACAAAAAUGAAUUAUUUUUCCUUUAAGGAAGAAAUCAUUCCGGCGCCAUACCCUUGUCAGAAGUGAAGGGAGACACUGCACUGGAUCAGUUAGAGAAGGAAAUGCUGGGCGAAGUACAAGCUUUGUUCAACAAGUACCGCGACAGACUAGAAGAAGUUAAAAAUCAGGAGAAUAAUGGAAAUGCCAUGAGUAUGCAUUCUACAGUUUAAACUGUACCCGUUACCAAGAGACGCAACACAUUUCAAAUGCUUGCUCCCGCAGUAGUCACUUCAUCGCCAUAUAGACUGGUGAUGAACCUACCGAUUUUCUUCGUAAAAUUACGGGCAUCCUCGAUGUGAGCCUUCUUCGGAAAUGCAUGUUCGGUUAAUCUUCGCAAGCUCUCAAAUGAUAUAUAACAUUCACGGCCUUAUUGCAUUUUGCUUCAUGCCAUUCUGUUUGAAGUUCGUCGUCAUGAAGGUGUCCCUGAUUUUGGAAAAACUGGUCAUAGAAUACUGCCUUAAAAAGCGAACAGUUUUUUCAUUCUUUUAAAAUGCGCUUUCUUAUUAACAUGUUUGUUCCAGAAAUAACUUUAAUUUUGAAUGGUUGUUCUGCAACCGGCCCGAUUACAUAAUAUUGAUAUUACA